CAAGCUGAUAGUAAAUAUUUACUCUCAAAUAAAAUAGUUUUUAUUAAAUUGUACUUUAAUUCAUUUUUGUGGUUUUAAUUUGCAAAAAUAUUGCUGACAAAAAAGAAAGCAAGUUAAUAAAAACAUAGUAAUAACAUAGUAAUGAUUAAAAAUGGAAAGUUAUCAAAAUAUUACAAUAAACCUGAGUUUUAAGCCGUCCGGAGAGUUUGUGAAGAACUUAUUACUUAAGACUUUUGAUUUUCUACUAUAUAAUCGUUCCCAAAUCCCAUUUACUGUCGAAAUAUUGCAACAUUUUGUGAAUAAAGGAACUGAAAAUGAUUAUAAAAAAAUUGGUCAAAAACACAAAGCUCAGCAGACGUAUAAUAACAUAUUGGAAGUAAAGCAGUUAAUUGACGAGGAAUUUUUUAAUACCAAGUCAUUUCUGAUAAUUUUUGGAUCAACAAUAAUGACAGCAAAAGAGGCAAUCUGGAUCAAGUUUCCAACAAUCACAAACUGUAUCUUUCCAUCAUACUUGAAUGAACUAUCAAUACAGAAGAAAAUUUUGCUCCAAUUAAUUCAAUCAGAAAAUUUCAAGAACCUAUUCUCUAAUCCUCUGUCAAUAACUAAUGCAUUCAUCCUUUUCGAGCAAUUCGAUGAUGAAAAUUUGAGUAAAGGAUUGUGUAAAAUUAAAAACUUUAAGUUAAACAAGUCAUGUAAAAAGUAUGCGAUAAGUUUCAAUCAUUCAAGUGAUUUUGAGAUAUUUUGUGAAGACCUUCAAGAUCUUAACUUAGCCUUUGAGGACGAAGAAGUUUGGUACCAGUCAAAAAUUUUCAUCAAAGGAUUCAACAAAAUUGCUGAAAGUCCUAUUUAAAGUGUUUGAGGUAUCGUGUAAAAAAUUUCACAGAAUUAGGGAACUUUGACUUCUUAAAAUGACAUAAUAAAGUGUGAAGGAACAACAAAGAUUUAUGACGAAAUUGAAAGACUGCGUAAAAUUCAUUGGAAUUAAGGUAAUGCUUAAAGGGGUAAAAUGGCAUCAGUGGUCUAAGUGGUAUAGCGUUAAGUUCAAUCCCAGGCUAAGUCAAGUUUAAGAAGCUUUUUUUUUUUCCAUUUCACUGUUCUGGUUCUGUAGUUUUGACUUUUUGAGAUCUUCAGCGGGAUCUAGAUGAUUUCAUUACAGCAUAUUGUUCACACGAAUUGUGACUAGGUACAU